AGCACCCUAAACCACCUAUCCAUAUGUAUAGCAAACUCAUGAAUUUUCCAUGAUGAAAAAGCUUAGUUCUCUGAGUCUGGCUUAGAAACCCCUGGUCCCCCUUGCCCACUCCGUUCCAAACCUCUGUCCCCACAACCCAACCUACAGGAAUCGAGUUCCAAUUCUAUGCUCUACCCAUCAAUUCUUUUCCUGCAUUAUAAAAUCCAUCAUUCCAUACCUUAAACAAAGUGUUUUUUUCCGGUUGGUUUUGAGGAGGGAGGCUUGAUAGCAUAAGUGGGACUACAUUUCGUCUUGCUCUGCGUUGGGUAGUGUGCAUAUCAAAAUGCUGGACGCCUCGCGAGUACAGAAGGAACUGACUGAAAUAGAGAGGGACAAGAAGACAUCGGGAAUAAGCAUCAAGCUUUGUGGAGACCAUGAUAUAGCUCACCUGUGUGGCACAAUUGCAGGCCCCGUGGACACUCCUUAUGAAGAGGGCAUCUUCCAGAUAGACAUUCGCUUGCCUGGGGCAUAUCCAUUUGAACCCCCAAAGAUGCAGUUUAUAACAAAAGUCUGGCAUCCUAAUAUUAGCAGUCAAAAUGGUGCAAUAUGCCUGGAUAUUUUAAAAGAUCAGUGGAGUCCAGCACUGACGUUAAAGACUGCAUUACUUUCUCUGCAAGCUUUACUUUCAGCGCCAGAACCCAGUGAUCCUCAGGAUGCUGUGGUAGCACAACAGUACCUGAGAGACUACCCAACAUUUUUGGGCACUGCACGUUAUUGGACUGAAACUUUUGCCAAACAGACAUCUCUUGGAAUGGAAGAGAAGGUACAAAAGUUGGUUGAGAUGGGGUUUCCUGAAGUCACAGUGAGAAGUGCUUUAGAAAAAUGUGGAGGAGAUGAGAACUUGGCACUUGAAAAACUUUGCAGUGGUUAGCAUGAAACUUAUUUGAAAGGUUCUAGAAGUUUGAACUUCUUGUACUUUUUGUACUUUUUAGAAUGUUUGACACUGCAUGAACCAUACUUAUAUUUAUCUAAUUAUAUGCACAUAAUUUUUCCAGUGUUUUAUCGAAGUGUCUACUCAGAUUCUCUCCAUUGAAACAGUGGUUUAUACUUAAAACUAAAGGUCCAGUGCUAUUGUAAUUGCACUUUCCUUUGUGGCCUCAUUAGUUUGAACUGAAGCUAAUGUGCAUUAGGACUUUACUAAUCAAUGUAUCAUAUAAAUGACGAUGUUUCAUCUUCAUUGGGCAAUUUGAAAAUUAGUUACUUUCUCGGUGUA